AUGUUUUCACCCCAGGAGCCGGCUAAGGAGCAGUGUAUCACGGCUGCGAAUGGCACGGAGCUCCACGUCUACGGACUCUACCGUGCCUCGGUUCGCCUGGAAGAUCAAGUUGAGCGACACGCCUUCUUCGUUACAGACGUCCGUCAGGGGGUGAUGGGCAUGGACUUGCUGCAGAAGUUUGGAGCGCUGAUUGACGUGCAGCACCGCGAGGUGCGACCCGCCGCAUCGAGGAUGGUGCCAUCUAGCGGUGGCAGUGAGCAGCAGCAGUUCCGUGACCGUCAGACGGAGGGAGGAGUGGCGCCAUCUAGUGGUGGCAGUGAGCAGCAGCAGUUCCGUGAUCGUCAGACGGAGGGAGGAGUGGCGCUGCAGCACGCCGGCCUCCUGACUGCGGCGGCUACGGCCGGCUUCGAGCCGGAGCUGGUGUCCGACGAGGAACUCGGCAGCUUCGCGCAGAUCGCCAUGGUCGGCGCUGAGGACCUAAUGAAGAAGUCAGACUUCACCGUCCGCACAGACGCCAGUCAGGACGGCAUCGGCUGCGUUCUAGAGGCGGAUGGACGGCCAGUGGAGUUUUCCAGCAAGGCGUUCUCCAAGCAGCAGCGGGCGUACUCCGUCAUAGAGCAGGAAGCCUUCGGCAUCGUGCAUGCGCUGAAGAAGUGGCGUCACCUGCUCCUUGGUCGUCACUUUCGGCUGUGCACCGAUCAUCGACCUCUGCUGUGGCUCCAGUCAAAGAGGGAUCUGUCUGGUCGGCUGGGACGCUGGGCGCUUCUGCUUCAGGAAUUCGACUUCACUGUCGACCACAUCUCCGGCCAGCAGCAUGUAGUGCCUGAUGCUCUGAGCCGUCAGAUCAAUCCGUAG